AUGUUUCUGAAGCAUAUUGAUCUAACUACUGCACUACGGCCUUCGUAUCUUCCGGAUGAAGUCCUGCUCUUUGUCCAGGACAAUGUCGGCUUGUACGAAGGGAAGUUCAAGCUCCCAAAUCAGCAAAAUGGCCAGGUGUAUCUGACGUCUCAUCGCAUCUGUUACGUCGACAAGGAUGAACCAAGGAAACACUCGGCUGCCCUCAACCUGAAGGAGGUGGAUCGCUAUGAGUUCUAUGCAGGGUUCCUAAAGUCAUCGGCCAAGAUCACCAUUGUGCCCAAGCCUUUGAAGCGAUCAACGCUUCAUAACCGCGUUGUGUCCAGCACGGGAGUCAAUUCAAGAGGCAGUACGCCAUCCCCCGCAGCGUCGGACAGCGCCUACACACCUCCGUCUGGACCUCCACCAAUCACGACCGCAACCUGGGUCUGCACUAUUUGCAGCUUCUCGAAUCCUGUCCCUUCCAAUUUUGAUCCUGUGGCAGCAAAUGCCCACACUCCUCUUCCACCAUGUUUGGCUUGCGGAAUCAAACCAACGCUCUCCCAGGUAUUAAAGGCGGCUAUUACCAGCGCAACCAACCGUCCAACAGCGUCUCCAAAUGCCAGCCAGGCCGGAAUUCCGAGCCAGGAGGCUUCAUCAAUAACUACUCCGCAGCCAAGCGAUCCUUUUUCGACUUGUGAUGCUCGAGUGGGCAGUGGACAAGGAAAACCCGACGCUACUGUGUCGUUCCACUGCCCGCGAUGCACUUUCUCAAACCAUCCUUCGCUACUAUCUUGCGAGAUGUGCGGAGCCCCGUUACUAUCGCAAAACAUACCUUCCAACCUUUCCAGCGCCGAGUAUAUUAGAACACAAUCCCCUGGGCCGGUCAAAGAUAGCAGCAACAAACCCAGCCAGGGCGGCACUGACUUUGCAGAAAGCGUAAAGAUAUCUUUCAGAGGUGGCGGGGAGAAGAUCUUUUACGAGCGACUAAAGAGUGCCAUGACACAGCGAAAGUGGCUGCUGCAAGAUGCACCUCCCGCUCCAAAGAGCAACCGCGCGAUGGAUGAUAAUUCCACCAGCGGUUCACCAAGCGCCCCCGUUCAGAAGACGAAAACGGCCGGCAUUGCUGGGCUCGAACAGCUGGGCUUAAACAUGCGCAAGAAUAACGAGAUUCUAAUCGGCAGCGCUUUUGAAGACCUCGAGGCCCUGAUGGCUUCGGCAAAGGAGGUGGUAGCCCUGGCAGAGAGAUUUGCACAGCAGGUCAACGGGGUCAGCGGCGAUGCCACAUCCAAGGACAAUAGCAUACUGGCCGAAUCCGCCCAUCAGCUCGGGCUAAUCACUACCAAGGACAUUGUCGGUGGUGGAGGCUCCGAGUCACUCUACUUCUCCGAGCUGGCCCGCAAUUUGGCAGAGUUCCUAACGGACGAUUCAAGGGGCGUGCUCAAGAGAUCCGGCGGCAUCCUCACGCUGGUCGAACUGUGGGCAAUGUUCAACCGAGCGCGCGGCGGAGUGGAGCUCGUGAGCCCAAUGGACUUUGAGAAGGCGGCGCAGAUGUGGGAGAGCCUCAAGCUGCCCGUACGGUUGCGCAAGUUCCGGAGCGGCGUCAUGGUGGUGCAGGCCCGCGACCGCACCGACGAUGCCACCAUCAAGUCGAUCCUAGCCUGGCUACAAGACUUACACGAGUUCCCGCCUGACCGGGACGUUGCAUGGGAUUGGCGAGAGUUUGGGCGCGGUGUCACGGCGCAAGAGGCCGCGGAGAGGUUUGGAUGGAGUCUCGGCGUGGCAGAGGAGGAGCUGCUGAUGGCCGAGGAGCACGGGGCCUUGUGUCGCGAAGAGGGGCUUGAGGGACUCAAGUUUUGGAAGAAUUACAUUGGCAAUAGUGACGCGGCGGUGUUGCAGAAGAAGGCGGCACAGGAGGAGGCCGAUGCGCUGAUCCAGCGGUUGAAGGACAGUGGGUUCAUAUAG